AUGUCAUCCAAUAGAACCGUGACUAUGAAGAAAUCCGGCUGGGAUGCGCAGAUUAAUGCGAAUGGAUACUUCAAUUUUUGCAUACUAUACAUGUUAUUGGGAUUUCGCGAAGAUUACAAACGCGUGGUGAUUAACGCUCGUCUCGAAUUGAUUUUAAAACGAUUGCACAGCAACAACAAUUGUCUGAUUGGAAAUUUGGCGUUGGAGCCUCGUAUAACCAAAUAUUCGUGGGCCAUUAAGACCACGACUCAACUGGAGAAGCCGCGAUACGUUGUCUUCGCUCUGCAGACAGGUCGGAAAAACAUCAUGUCCGAGGAUAUGAAUCGAUUCGACGACUGCAAAUUGAACACCGUGAAACUUUAUCUGAACUCGGAAUGUUAUCCGUAUGACGAUAUGAAUUUGGAUUUCGAUAAAAACAGAUGGUCGAUUCUGUAUGACACAUACCAGCAUUUCUGCAAAAAUUAUUACGUAUACGAGUAUCAAGAGACGAGUAUCACAGUCUCGCAGUUCCUACGCAACGGUCCGUUCGUGAUCAUCGAUUGUUCUCGACAAAACAAAUCGGUCAAGAGCGCAACCGUGGAUGUGAGAUUGGAAUUUGAAUGUAAGGAGAACGUGCCGAUGAAUACUACUGCGUAUUGUCUCAUCAUAUACGAUAGCGUGAUUCAAUACAAUUCGUUGAUCAAUGUGGUGCGCAAAAUCAUCUAA